AUGAAUGCUACAAGCUUUUCAAAAUCAUACAAGUGGAUUGUUCCCCGUCACGAUCGAUGCGAGCGAUUUGGUAUGAAGGAGAUUAAGAAGAAGGAUAUCGUUCUGAAAGCGGUUGAUGUGGACAAUCUGGAAUAUGUUCCUCGCCAAAAAGGGCGACUAUACAGAAGCGACGCGGAAGCUUUGACGUUUGAUGAGAACAGAUACCCGAAAGGCUUCACUGAUCGAGAACCACAAGAACUUUGGAAUGGAAUUUGGGCCAGAAACUUACGUGUUGGUGGUGAUUCCGUCGCAUAUAGUUGUGCCAGAUGA